AGUAAUAGAUACUGUUUGAACUGUCAUCAGACAUAACCUGACAUAUGUAGCCUUCAUGGCGCCUUGACACGCAGAAGAGGAUGGGUGUGCUGAAGCGGGAGGAUGAUGGCGAGCCGGACUCUGACUCCUCGGAGGGAGCAUCGCUUCUCCACCGAACACCAGGACCUUUAGCAGUCGAACCUGGGCCCUCAAGCCAGACGGGGGCUCCAAGCUGGGCAGGCGGGUUCAUGCAGAAGACGGUUCGUCGCGCAACAGAGGCAUUGGGCGCAGUAAAACAUGGCUCGAUAGUAAAUAGCAAGGUUGCCACAGUUGUUUUAGCAUCAUGCGCGCUCCUCGCGGGUAUCUACUUGCUCGCGAGCGCUGCUCAGAGCGCGACCGAGAGCGAGGGUGACAUUCGCGUGGCGCUGCUCGCUGACGCGCACCUGAUCGGGCCGCAGUACGUGUGCUGCACUGAAAGCAAUGACGUGGAUAACGAGUCCAUAAUGAAGACCGUGGAGCGGCUGAAAGCAGCGCAGCGGCAGAUCGAGGCUCUGUCUCCGCCCCCCGCGGCGGUUGUGUUCCUGGGAGACGUGAUCCACAAUGGCUAUCACUCCCACGACUUCGAGUGGUACCUCGCCAACCGCAACGCAUACACUGUGGGCGGCGAGAUAUUCAGCAACUUCAGUGUGCCGGUGCGCUACCUGUGGGGCAACCACGAUUAUCACACCACCUGCGGCAGCGCAGCGGACUCGUACGACCGCACAGGGCUGAGCCACCGCCUGUUCAGGCACUUCCUGGGGCCGGCAGCGCUGCCGUACAGCGCCAUACAACUGGGGCGGUACAAACUCAUCUUCCUGAAUGCAAUGCUGGGCCCCUCCUGGGACCCCACCCACCCGCGCUGCGACACCAAGUAUGCAAGCCUGGGCGCCGAGCAGCUGCUGUGGCUGGAGCGACAGCUGUCGGGAGGGGGAGGCGGCGGAGGCAGCGGCGGAGGCAGCGGAGGCCAGACGGCGGCGUUCGUGUUCAUGCACCACCCGCUGCCAGUCGCGCUGCGCAAUGAGGCUCCGGAGCUGAAGCACCCAGACGUGCUGAGUGUGCUGCUGGCGCACUCAGACGCCGUAAUGGCCGUGUUCUCUGGCCACUACCACAGGGGCCUAGACUGGCGCAACGCCUACCCCUUCCCCGUUCUGACGCUACCGGCGUGCCGCUACGACUCAGACAACUGGUUCCUCAUGAACCUGCCCAGGGAGGGCCCACUGAGGUCCUGGCGGUUGCUGGACUGGGAGAAGAACAAGGGCGGCGCGCGCUGCUCCGACACCUGGGUCUACCCGGCAGCAGGUUUAGGGCAAGGACCGGCCGUGGCGGCAGUUGGCGAGGUUGCAGGGGGCGAGUUUGCAGGAGGGGCAGGCGGAGUAGGAGGUGCAAAUGCAGGGCCUGCAGGCUUUGCAGCCUCUGCACCCCACCCCAUGGACCCCCAGCCGCAAGAGACGGGCAGCUGCGGCACCCCCCGGCUGGAGGAGGUGGGCACCUACGAACUGGAGGCCGUGCAGGCCGUGGACGACGUGCCGGGACCCACCGGCCACCAAUUCAACCCAGAGCCGCCCUGCUGCCUCACAUUCCAGCGAGCCUUCCUGGAGCGGUGCCUGCAGGAGGGCCCCACUGCCGCCUGCUGCGGCAUCCUGGGCGAGCACCUGCGACCCAGCUCCGCCGCGUACGGCGCCAGCUGCAUGUGCUGGCCGCCCUUCUGGAGCCAGGCCCAGGACGCCUUCCGGGAGGCGGGCCACAACGCCAGCGCGGUGCUGGAGCGGUGCGCGCGCGAGCACGGCAAGGCGCUGCAGUGGCCGGGCCGGGUGGGCGGCUCCUGCCUACUGCCCGGCAGCAGGGAGCUGCCGCCGGUGGCGUGAGCGUGCGGGCGGUGGUGGUGGUGGUGGUAGUGGUGGUGGUGGUGGUGGUGGUGGUGGUGGUGGUGGUGGUGGUGGUGGUGGUGGUGGUGGUGGUGGUGGUGGUGGUGGUGGUGGUGCCGGGCGUGGGUAGCUGUAGCGCGUGAUGGCUGCGUCCCUGGUGCAGCGCUUGGGUUUAGGGAGUGCAAGGAAGAAAGGCAGUGUAUGCAACGCGGUAAUGGGGAGAGGUUGCUUUCACGUGCCCAUGCAAACCAGGAAACGCAAGAAGACUCACAGGCGGGAAGCUGCUUAGGCCGCGGUCUGCGUGCCCUCCGCGGGUAAAGUCUUGGGGGAGGGGGAGGAAAAGGCCGGGGUUAGUUGCAGUGUUCAGUUGCACAGUGUUGCCCAUUUGUAUUGCUCAAAUGCAUGCGGUAAGAUGAAUGUUGCGUGGGGAGGAAAGGGUGGGUGGCAGGACGACGCGUGCAGCCGCGGUGGGCAGGACGAACGGCUGCGAUGAGGUAUGGGCGUUUUGGGGGGCGCGUCAGUCCACGUCGGCGCGCUACAACACGCGUAUUGUAUUGUAACUGUAGCGCUGG